UGCACGCCGGGCCGGCGGCGGGCGGAACCUCAGCGCCUGUCAUGGCGCCGCCGUGCACUCCCCGGUUCUGGCUCCUGGCCGCGCUGCUCGUCCCCGCGGCCGCGGUCUACGAGGACCAAGUGGGCAAGUUUGACUGGAGACAGCAAUACGUUGGGAAGCUGAAGUUCGCGUCGCUGGAAUUUUCCCCUGGAUCCAAGAAGCUGGUUGUGGCGACAGAGAAGAACGUGAUUGCGGCCUUAAAUUCUCGCACCGGGGAGAUCUUGUGGCGCCAUGUUGACAAGGGCACGGCAGAGGGGGCUGUGGACGCCAUGCUACUCCAUGGACAGGAUGCCAUCACUGUGUCCAACGGAGGAAGAAUCAUGCGUUCCUGGGAGACCAACAUCGGGGGCCUGAACUGGGAGAUCACCUUGGACAGCGGCAGUUUCCAGGCGCUCGGGCUGGUGGGCCUGCAGGAGUCAGUGAGGUACAUCGCCGUCCUGAAGAAGGCCACCCUGGCCCUCCACCACCUCUCCAGCGGCCACCUCAAGUGGGUGGAGAAUCUUCCGGAAAGUGACAGCUUUCACUACCAGAUGGUGUACUCCUACGGCUCUGGGGUGGUGUGGGCCCUCGGCAUUGUUCCCUUCAGCCACGUGAACAUCGUCAAGUUCAACGUGGAGGACGGAGAGAUUGUUCAGCAGGUCAGGGUCUCAGCCCCGUGGCUGCAGCACCUCACCGGAGCCUGUGGCAUAGUGGAUGAUGCCGUGCUGGUGUGUCCUGACCCAAGCUCGCGGUCCCUCCAGACUCUGGCCCUGGAGACGGAGUGGGAGUUGACACAGAUCCCCCUGCAGCCUCUCGAUUUAGAAUUUGGAAGUGGAUUUCAGCCCCGUGUGCUGCCUACCCAGCCCAACCCAGUGGAUCCAUCUCGCGCCCAGUUCUUCCUGCAGUUGUCCGAGACCCACUAUGCCCUUCUGCAUUACCAUCAUGGAGCCUUGAGCCUGCUCAAGAACUUCCCCCAGACUGCCCUGGUGAGCUUCGCCACCACAGGGGAGAAGACCGUGGCCGCAGUGCUGACGUGUCGGAACGAAGUGAAACCCAGCAGUUCUGAAGACGGACCGAUGGGGAGCCUGGUGGAGAAGUCCAGUCCAAAGAACUCGCUGGUUUGCUUCAACCAGACCUAUGUCAUUAACCUGUAUCUGGUGGAGACGGGCCGGCGGCUGCUGGACACAGCGAUCACCUUUACCCUGGAGCAGAACGGCACUCGGCCCGAGCGGCUCUACAUCCAGGUGUUCUUGAAGAAGGAUGACUCAGCAGGCUACCGCGCCUUGGUGCAGACAGAGGACCACCUGCUCCUGUUCCUGCAGCAGCUGGCAGGGAAGGUGGUGCUGUGGAGCCGAGAGGAGUCCUUGGCAGAAGUGGUGUGCCUGGAGAUGGUGGACCUCCCGCUGACCGGGGCACAGGCCGAGCUGGAAGGAGAAUUUGGCAAGAAAGCAGACGGCUUGCUGGGGAUGUUCUUGAAGCGCCUCUCGUCUCAGCUCAUCCUGCUCCAGGCAUGGACUUCGCACCUCUGGAAGAUGUUUUACGAUGCUCGGAAGCCGCGAAGUCAGAUUAAGAAUGAGAUCCACAUUGACACCCUGGCCAGAGAUGAAUUCAACCUCCAGAAGAUGAUGGUGAUGGUCACGGCCUCCGGCAAGCUUUUUGGCAUUGAGAGCAGCUCUGGCACUAUCCUGUGGAAACAGUAUCUGCCCAAUAUCAAGCCAGACUCCUCCUUUAAACUGAUGGUGCAGCGGACCACUGCGCAUUUCCCCCACCCCCCGCAGUGCACCCUGCUGGUGAAGGACAAGGAGACGGGAAUGAGUUCCCUGUAUGUCUUCAAUCCCAUUUUCGGGAAGUGGAGUCAGGUGGCCCCCCCAGUGCUGAAGCGUCCCAUCUUACAGUCCCUGCUUCUCCCCAUCAUGGAUCAGGACUAUGCCAAGGUGUUGCUGCUGAUAGACGAUGAGUACAAGGUCACGGCUUUUCCCGCCACUCGGAACGUUUUGCGGCAGCUGCAUGAGCUCGCCUCUUCCAUCUUCUUCUAUCUGGUGGAUGCCGAGCAGGGACGGCUGAGCGGGUAUCGGCUUCGAAAGGAUCUUACCACUGAACUGAGCUGGGAGCUGACCGUUCCCCCGGAAGUCCAGCGGAUCGUCACAGUGAAGGGGAAACGCAGCAGCGAGCACGUGCAUUCCCAGGGCCGCGUGAUGGGGGAUCGCAGCGUGCUCUACAAGAGUCUGAAUCCCAACCUGCUGGCUGUGGUGACAGAGAGCACAGACACCCAUCACGAGCGCACCUUCAUCGGCAUCUUCCUCAUUGAUGGGGUCACCGGGCGCAUCAUCCACUCCUCUGUGCAGAAGAAAGCCAGGGGCCCCGUCCACAUCGUGCACUCCGAGAACUGGGUGGUGUACCAGUACUGGAACACUAAGGCCCGGCGCAAUGAGUUUACCGCACUGGAGUUCUACGAGGGGACCGAGCAGUACAACGCCACUGCCUUCAGCUCCUUGGACCGUCCCCAGCUACCCCAGGUGCUCCAGCAGUCCUACAUCUUCCCCUCCUCCAUCAGUGCCAUGGAGGCCACCAUCACGGAGCGGGGCAUUACCAGCCGACACCUGCUCAUUGGGCUGCCUUCCGGAGCAAUUCUUUCGCUUCCUAAGGCCUUGCUGGAUCCCCGCCGUCCCGAGAUCCCAACAGAACAAAGCAGAGAGGAGAACCUGAUCCCAUAUUCUCCAGACGUCCAGAUACACGCAGAGCGGUUCAUCAACUAUAAUCAGACAGUUUCUCGAAUGCGUGGUAUCUACACGGCUCCCUCGGGCCUAGAGUCUACUUGCCUGGUCGUGGCCUAUGGUUUGGACAUUUACCAAACCCGAGUCUACCCGUCCAAACAGUUCGACGUCCUGAAGGAUGACUACGACUACGUGCUGAUCAGCAGUGUCCUCUUCGGCCUGGUGUUUGCCACCAUGAUCACCAAGAGACUGGCACAGGUGAAACUCCUCAAUCGAGCCUGGCGGUGAGGACUGGUUCCUGUGCCCAAGUAGAAGAGCUGCAGGCCAGUGCGGUCCACUGAGGAGUGCGAGGUGCUGAACAAGAUGGCCCUCCACGUGGAACUCACCUUGGGACACGCAGGACGCCGACACCUGUGGCUAAACCCCGACCUCGCCCUCAGCCGUGGCUCUCAGAGCUGCUGGUCCUACCCCUGAAUCCAAAAGCCAAUGCGCUUUCCUUUCUUGGCCCAUCCAUGAAUGUUCUAGAGUCUUCAAAUAAGACCUCCAACUGAUUUUUUCCCCUCUUUUGUGAGGCCUGUGUGAGUUGAGCUGA